CCUGGCCCAAAUUCAACAUGUUUGAAAAUAUUUUCAGUUUUGCUGAUAUUCUUGUACAAGGCAGCUGAAUGCGUAAACGCAGACUGUGGCCAAACCUUGCAAGAGUUCAGAGGAAAUGUCACAAGCCCUAAUUACCCUGGUAACUAUCCCAACGGUGAAGCUUGCAAAUGGCACAUUCCUUCUGCUAUCACAGAGAUCGUCACUAUCAGAUUCAUCUAUUUCAACAUCGUUCACAGCAAGAACUGUGAAGAAGAUAACUUAUCAAUAGGUUCCGAAGGGAAUGUAAAUGUAUACUGUGGUUCUUCAUUACCCCAACCAUUUUUCUCAGAGGAGGCAUCUACAAAAAUAAUCAUAUCCUUCUUGAGUAACGGACGAGACAGUGCCAAGGGCUUCAAGAUAGAAUAUUUCAGAGGUGAUAGACAUGCUACCAGGUGUGACCAAAACACAGAAUUUCACUGCAGUAUUGGUAAUUGCAUACCACGGAGUUGGAUGUGUAACGAUGUAAGGGAAUGCAUUGAUGGUUCAGAUGAGAGCAAUAGUUACUGCCAUCAAGUGACUACUUCAGCAUAUACCACUCCACCAAUCGAGUGUCCUAACCAUCAGUUCUUCUGCUAUAGUGUAAAUCAUCACUUGCCAAUUUGUUUGGAAGAAUCCUCGAAAUGCGAUGGCCACAAAGACUGCGAAGAUAACCGAGAUGAGGCUCCUUGUUCCUCAGUCUGUAAAAAUUUCCUGAAAGGAACUCAUGGGUCUUUUGAAUCGCCCAACUUCCCCGCAGCUUAUGAUCCCAAUCUUGACUGUUUUUGGGUUCUUACCGUUGAAGAAGGAAAGAACAUCCAGCUUCGAUUUGAUGUCUUUGAUCUGGAAGGAAAAUAUGACACAGAUUACGUCAAGGUGUAUGAUGGCCCAGAAGUCACGGAUAAAUUGUUGGGUACCUACUAUGGCUUCACCACAUCAGAGGGCACAAAAAGCAUCUAUAUGCCACCUGCUGUCAUAGAUGGUUCAAGCAAUCAACUGAGAGUAAGGUUUAUAACAGAUGCCAUCUCUUCCAACAAGGGCUUCAAUGCUACCUUCCAGACAAAAGGUGUUUGCCUCAGGGACCAGUUUCUCUGCAGCAACGAGGACAAGAAUUGCUAUGAUGCAAGGCAGCGAUGUGAUGGCAUAAUGGCAUGCAUCAGAGGACAGGACGAGUUGGGUUGCUCAGAUACCUGCAAAGACCAAAUCUCCUGCAGCUUGAAAUCACCUAGUGCUAGAGACUGCUUCACCAUGGAGGAGCGCUGUGAUGGCAAACGAGAUUGUACAAAUAAUGUAGAUGAGAAGCUCUGUGAUCCCAGCUUGUGUAUGGCUGAUAAAGGGUUGUUCCGCUGUAAUGAUGGAACAUGCAUACAAGAAAAGUACACCUGUAACUCUGCUGUAGAUUGCCUACAUGGAGAGGAUGAAGCCAUCUGUUAUGCCUCUACUAAUGUUGUCACUGCUGCAGCUGUAGGAUCCAUUGUCUGUGGCCUUUUAUUGGUUGCUGCAUUAAGCUGCACCUGUAAGCUGUAUCAACUUCAUGUCCGUGAGCGUCUUCCUCCCUCUCACAUGUCACCUCUACGGGAAAUUGAAGAGGAGCUGCUUCGUCGUGAGGCCCCACCAUCUUAUACAGCAACCAUGGCUUCUCCCCAUUUUGACGAAGCUCAAAGGGCCUUCAUUGAGGGCAUUCAGGCUGCUGUGCUUGCUCGGAAUGAUUCCAGAGGCUCUGGUAGGAGCAGCAGUGGUAGCAGGAGACAGAGGAGUACGUUUGUACGCAUGCUGUCAAGAGAACGCAUGAGAAAUACUGAUCAGACCCAUAUUGAUCAGGAUGACAGUACCACUCCAAGUCAGACUGAAACACUACCACCUAGUCCGGAUGUUGAGUCUACAACUCCUCCAGGAGAGACCAGUCAUUGUGAAAAUGACCCACCACCUCUGCGUCGAAUCUCUGCAGAACAGAGUGCUCCUAUCGUGAGUCCUAGUCCAGCUGAAGGUGUCUCACACUCUGACAGAGAUCAAGAGCAUGAUUCGGCUUCAAGCUGUGUUUCAGACACAGACUCUGAGACAAAUCAAGAUGCCCUGCACUUAGCUGCAAGGGAUCAGCAGAUCCUUAGGGCUGCUGCCAACAUCCGCCGAAUGCGUCUUGCUGGUGGUCUGCAGAAUGUAAUGCAAGCACAAGAUCACAGAGCAGCAAGGAAUCGCAGCAGGACUGGAAGUCUGGUUGACCAAGUACCGGCAAAUUCAGCACCAGAUGAAGACUCAACCAUACCAACAACUGAUGGGAAUCCUAAAAUGGUGGCAGCAGUGGGAUCAACCUGUGAAAGUACUAGUGAUGAGACUGACACUGCAGCCAAGGGCUCAGGAGUUACACAAGAUGGCACAGAUGAGAUCCAAGAGAAUUUCCAGGACUCACAUGUAUCACAAGGACAAGAUGAAUUGGAAGGCAGAUCAACUUUUGAAACUGACAACCCUCAGUCACCUAGUGAGACAUGUGCCCCUGAUGGAAGAGAAAGAAGUACUCAAGAAGAAGCAGCAGCAGACAGAGAUUUAGAUGAAGAGAGACUUAGCCACUCCUCAUCCAUUCUGUCUGUAGUGUCCAGUAGCUCUGAGAAUACACCUGAUGAUGUGCCUUUGUUGAAACCCUAACAUAUUCAAAAGCUAUGCAAAUGAUUAGUUUUUUGAUUUAAACAUUCAUCAUGGAGAAUCGUACUUCAAAGGCUGUCCUUUUACAGUCCGUUAUUAAAGUCAACAUACUCAGUUAAACCACACACAAGCCAACAUUGUUAAGCCUGCUGCAGUGGUUAAAAAAAUACAUAGGUUGCAAUCCCAAUAAUUUUGUACAUUCAUUUUUGUCACCUGUAUUUUCUAAAGUGCACACUUGCGUAUAUACAGUGUGUGAUUACUCAGUAAGAUGAGUAAGGAACUGUCUUUGUAUUCAGCUACUGUAGUAUCUUGUUUCCUGUUUUGAUCAGUACUUAAUGGGCUGGUUAAUGACUGCCUCAAUCCACCAAUCAAUGGUGAUUUUACCACUGCUUGCAAAUAUCUGUAAAUUGCAAAAUCUACCUGCACUCAAUUUAGAAAUUUUAACACGUUUUGUAUAGUAAUGUAUAAAAUUGCUUGAUGUUCUGCUGGGUUUGAGAACAGUUAACCACUUAUUUCUCUUUUUUUUUCAGAAAGUUUUUUGGGGCAAAUAAUGUGAUAUUAUAGUAUGUGUGAAUGUUGUGUAUUUAAUUUUUAUAGCAAGCAUAAAUUUAAAUCAAAUAGCUAUUUUUCUUUUAAUGUAAGCAUUUAUAUCAUCUGUAAAUGAUUCACCGAAAGUGUAAAGAUAGAACAGUUUCUUUGUAUAGCCACUGUACAUUCCAGAAAUGAAAAUGAUGUAUGAAAACAAGACACCUGUCAACGGA